UGUACUACUGGCCUUGAGACUAGGAACAUCAGAUUUUAGAGUUCCGCUGCUGUGGAUCACCAUGGACAUACGUCUGGCACUAUGAAACAUACGGUUGCUGCGAAGACACUCGGUGCUGCGGCUGUGGCGCUGGUGAUGCUCAAUUUCUUGUACCACCACUACAACGACCUCAUUGGUCACGAUCCCACAGCCCCUGCGGAUAGCCCGUAUCCACGAACGGAAGCUGCAACGUCACCGCAAGAAGACGAAGAGCGCAAGUGUGAACCUAAGAGGAACCUCGUGUACCUCAAGACGCACAAGUGCGCCUCUUCUACUCUCCAACGAGUGUUCCUCAGGUAUGGGAAAGAGCAUAAUCUGAGCUUCGUGCUGCCGGCUUCCAGUAACUACUUGGGCUGGAAGCUUCCGUUCCGGCCCCGCAUGAUUCCUCCGGACCUGCGCUCCCCAAGUGGCAAAUACAACAUGUUCCUUCUUCACACGCGCUUCAGCGAGGACGCCAUAUCGCAGGUAAUGCCAAGGGACUGUGUGUAUGUAACUAUCCUGCGUGAGCCCAUUGACCAGUUCGAGAGCCUUUGGGGAUUUCAAGAACUUGAACAGUUCUACAACAUGAGCAUCGAUCAGUUUGCCAAGCUGCCCUACGAAAAGGCGGUGCGGUGGCGGAAGGGGGACCUGUUCGGCAUCCACCAGAUGAUGUUUGAUUUGGGCCACGGCGCUGUGGGGGAGGACACUGAGGCCGAGUUCCAGCACAGACUCGAUCAAAUAAAUUCAACUUUUGACCUGGUCAUGCUUGCAGAGAGAUUUGAUGAAUCUCUUGUGCUCCUGAAACACCUCAUGUGCUGGACAACAGAUGACAUUGUGUACCUCAGCAUCAAUGCAAGGAAAGAAAACAAGAAGAAGAACAUUACGGACGAAACAAAAAGUCUCCUGCACUCGCUGAACAAGCCUGAUGUUAAACUGUACGAUUUCUUCGCUAAAAUAUUUGACCGGAAGGUUAAGGCCUUUGGUGAAGAGAAAAUGCAAAAGGAACUACAGGAAAUGAGAGAUGUUAAUGAUAAAAUGAAGAAACGAUGUGUGGCCGAUGAGGAAUCAAAGGUCACUGGUGAACUCAAAUGGAGAGAAGAUAUAGUCAGUUUAGCAGUGAAGGAAGACAAGGUGUGCGUGGACCUUGUUAAAAAAGAAGUAAGCUUUGUAGAUGAAGUGCGAGAAAGACAAAGAAUGUGGAUAAAAAAUGGCUGGCCUUUGAAUAAAACUGUAACGUGAUUCUGAUGCGUGGCGUGUUUAUCUAGUUAUUUUUUGUGCGUAAACAAUGAUGCUAGGGAGACGUGGUUUGGUGCAUGUAUGUAGACGUUCCUAAUAAGCAUGCGUGAAUUUCUUCUCACCUGCACAAACUGUCAGUCGACAGCAGACUUCCGAUACGUGAGUGGCGUCGGAUUUUCCUUUUUGACAAAAUGUCAAACACACUUGAUCAAUACUGCACCAUUUCUAUCGUUAAGCUUGGGGAUUCCCGAGUGGAAAUGAGCCGCAGCAUUCAACAAGCCUUCGGUAACGAGGCAAUGGGCAUCACACAGAUUAAGUAGUUGUCACUAUCAAAGAUAGUGAAACAUUUCUGGUAGGGUCUCAAUAUCGUGAAAUGACACACACACACACACACACACACACACACACACACACACACACACACACACACACACAUACACACACACACACACACACACACACACACACACACACACACACACACACACACACAAGCACACAC